UGGCAGUCACACUGAGUAUUUCAGACGGUAGAGAUGCCUCUAAUCUGUGAAAAUAUUCCCAAAGGGGAUUUAGUGCGAAAGGCGGAGUACCUUGGAAUAAGCGAUUUUAUUCGGAUCCGCCAUACACGUCGUCCCAAUGUCCCUGUUGCUGAUAAAUGGUGCCUCAGAUCGUACUUUUUGCCCGCCAGGUAUCGUCAGAGUGUUCAAACCAUUGAGAACUACCAUGUUCGUCCUGAUGAUGUGUGGGUGGUUACAUUCCCAAAAUGCGGUACAACCUGGACGCAGGAGAUGGUGUGGCAGAUUUGCAAUGAUUUGGAUUUUGAGAAAGGAAAAGCUCUUACACUAAACAUGAGAUUCCCUUAUCUUGAAUUAGGUACAAUUGUACAUGAAAAAUUCAAUAUGGAUUUCCUUCCAAUUGUGGAAAAAAUCCCCUCGCCUCGUUUCAUCAAGAGCCACCUUCCUGCUCCACUCUUGCCCAAGGAAAUCUGGUCCGUUAAACCGAAAAUUAUCUAUGUUGCAAGGAAUGCUAAGGAUACCGCUAUUUCCUUCUACCAUCACUACAGAAAUCUUCAACAAUAUCGUGGCUCCUUCAGUGAUUUCAUGGAUAUUUUCCUCAAUGAUGCCACAAUUUAUGCUCCAUACGAUUCGCACAUAAUUGAUUUCUGGAACAUGAGGAAUGAAGAGAAUAUUCUCUUCAUUACCUAUGAGGAAAUGAAAAAGGAUCAUCCAAAUGUAAUCAGAAGGGUUGCAGAUUUUCUCGGAAAAUCACUCACAGAUGAGCAAGUAGAAACCCUGGCUGAUCAUCUUACAUUUGAUAAAAUGUCUAAGAAUGAGUCAGUCAACUUCGAGGAAGAAAGGAAGACCUUUGAUAAGAUGUUUAAUAUGAAACAUGAUCAAAAGGACAACGAUUACAACUUCAUCCGAAAAGGAAAAGUCGGGUCGUACCGUGAAGAAAUGACACCAGAAAUGAUUGAAAGGUUCGAUGCGUGGAUUCAGGAGAGGAUGGAAAAAUAUCAAGUUGAUCCUGAACUACUUGAAGUUUUCAUUCCUACUAAGGAAGUAAAUGGAGCAAAUGGAGUAUAAGAUGAAAAAAUCUGUUACAUUGGUUUCUGGGAAAAUAAUAUAAUUUCAUUGUGAAUUGUUA